AUAGCGCCCCCUGGGGCGGAACCUCCAAUCACUUCGCUCUGUUCUCCCGGCUGAACGCGGAAGCUGAAAGUGUUGGGACCGGAAGUGAGUAUGACGCAGUUCCGAUCAUGGCGGCCCCGGGAAUGGAGCUGCUUUUCUCUCUGGUUUCCGCCGAUAUUUCCCGCCCGCCGGAUCCGCUGAUCUGUUUCAUCCACUGGGAGUUAAUCAGCCGCCGCCUGCGGUGCCUGGGCCGGGGGGAGGAGGCAGCAGCGCAGGAGUCGGGGUCGGAGCGCCUCCCGGAGGGAUGGGCACACAGUACGGACCUGUACACGCUGCGCUACGGGAGCCCAAACUCACAGUUUUUGCUGAAAGCCCUGACAGUAGAGGGCGCUGUGAUUGUGCAUCUCAUGGACAUGCAGACGGAGAAGGUUGCGGAUGUGACGCUGCAAGUGUCCCGGUUCAUUGACUCCGCCCACCUGCAGGAAUACCCCAGGGUUUAUAAGAACGCGGCGGAGCUGAGGGGCCUCCUGGAUAAGGAGCUGAUCUCGCCCGUAUUGGGCUCAGCGAAAGAACCCGGCGCCGUCACCCCAGGGGAGCAAGAACCGCGGCCCGAUCCCCUCCGGGUCCCACCCAGGGCCCCCCCAGCCCGGCCCCCCGCCUGGACUGACCCACUUGGGCACCCCCCCUACGGAGCCGCAGACCUGGAUCCCUUGGGGGGGCACCCUGGGGGCAUGAUCUUCGAUCCAUUCCGGGGCCCACAGCCAAGAAUUGACCCCCUACGGGGCCUCCCCCCUGGGGCAGUGCCACCCGGCGCCCGGUUCGACCCAUUUGGUCCCAUAGGUUCAGGCCGCCCAGGGCCGGACCCCGACCAUCUCCCGCCCCCCGGGUACGAUGAUAUGUUCAUGUGAUCAGUAGCCACGCCUCUUUGCCCCUCUGCCCCGAGACUUUUGCACUAUUCUCUUUAUUGCCCCAGGACUGUAUGUGUGAGAUAGCGCCCCCUGUGCCCUUCCCAGAGUAUUGCCCCUGCACCUCUGCCCCAGAACUGUAUGUGUGAGAUAACGCCCCCUGUGCCCUUCCCAGAGUAUUGCCCCU